AAUUACGGUGCAAGUGUCGGAAUCGUCAUAUAAGUCCCGAAUAAGAGCGCAACAUAGUACCCAAAGCAGUUGCAAGAAGAGGCUCCAUUGCCCCCUCGCCUUCCACUGCAAUGGAAGUCUUCAGUUUAGGUAAAUAAAAGGAUAGUGGGGUUGGGGGUAGGACUGCGAUUUCCAGCAUGCAUUGCGGAACGAAAGGCCUUCGCCACAGUGUUUCUUGGAAACUGUAGUCUCAUGAAGAGGAGCUUCCGACACCGGAAGCGGACACGACUCUUAAAGCAACCCUGUCGGUAGAUUGGAGACCUCUUCGCGGUUAUGUACAUCAACAACUAUGGAUUGGAGUGUUGUGUUUUUCGCGUCUUGCGAUCGGAGACUAGGCUAAAAAUUAGAAAGACUACAAUUCCCAUCAGCCCCGCGAGUCUCGGCAAGUAGUUCUGUAAGACUCUUACUAAGUUGUCCAGGCUAGCCUGGAACUUGGAUCGCCCUGCCUCUGCCUCCAGAUUAGCUGAGAUUACAGGCAUGUGUCACCACAUCCCGGAAUAGGCAGUUCUUUAUGAAGACCUGGAUGUUGUCCAGUUGAACUAGAAUCUCUGACUUCCUGUUUUCUCCUGUUGGCAAACCAGCUGGCCCCACAGGAUGGAACCACAGGUUACUCUAAAUGUGACUUUUAAAAAGGAAACUCAAAGCUUUCUGGUUUCGGAUCCAGAAAAUACAACUUGGGCUGAUGUUGAAGCUAUGGUAAAAGUUUCAUUUGACCUGAAUACUAUUCAAAUAAAAUACCUAGAUGAAGAAAAUGAAAAGGUAUCCAUUAACAGUCAAGGAGAAUAUGAAGAAGCACUUAAGAUGGCAGUUAAGCAGGGAAACCAACUGCAGAUGCAAGUCCAUGAAGGGCAUCAUGAUGUUGAUGAAACCCCACUCCCAGUUGUAGCAGAAAAACGAGUAGCUGCCAGGACAGGGAGGAAGCCACUUGCACAUUAUUCUUCACUGGUGAGAGUCUUGGGAUCAGACAUGAAGACCCCAGAGGAGCCUGCAGCCCAGCCAUUUCCACUUACUCCAUGUGACAAAGACCAGCCUCAAGACAAGCCCCCAGACUGGUUCACAAGCUACCUGGAAACAUUCAGAGAGCAAGUGGUUAAAGAAACAGUUGAGAAGCUUGAACAGAAAUUACAUGAGAAGCUUGUCCUCCAUAACCCACCUCCGGGUUCCUGUCCCUCAGAAGUCUCAAUGCCUAUUUCAGAGGAAACACUGUUUCUGCCAGAAAACCAGUUCAGCUGGCAUAUUGCUUGCAGUAACUGCCAAAGGAGGAUCGUUGGUGUGCGCUACCAGUGUAGCCUCUGCCCAUCUUACAACAUCUGUGAAGAUUGUGAAGCAGGACUAUAUGCCCAUGAUUCUAACCAUGUCCUACUGAAGUUGCGGAGACCUGUUGUGAGUUCCUCUGAACCAUUUUCUCAGUCAAAGUACUCUACUCCUCGUCUUCCUGCUGCUCUGGAACAAGUCAGGCUCCAGAAACAGGUUGAUAAGAAUUUUCUUAAAGCAGAAAAGCAGAGAUUGCGAGCUGAGAAGAAACAGCGUAAAGCAGAGGUUAAAGAACUCAAAAAGCAGCUUAAACUUCACAGGAAGAUUCAUCUUUGGAAUUCCAUCCAUGGACUGCAGAGCCCCAAGUCCUCUUUGGGCCGACCUGAGAGCUUGCUGCAGUCUAACACCCUGAUGCUUCCUUUACAGCCCUGUGCCCCAGUUAUGCCAACACUCAGUGCAGCAUUUGUGGAUGAGAAUUUGCCUGAUGGGACUCACCUUCAGCCAGGAACCAAGUUUAUAAAACACUGGAGGAUGAAAAACACGGGAAAUGUAAAGUGGAGUGCAGACACAAAGCUCAAGUUCAUGUGGGGAAACUUGACUUUGGCUUCUACAGAAAAGAAGGAUGUUUUGGUUCCCUGCCUAAAGGCAGGCCAUGUGGGAGUUGUGUCUGUGGAGUUCAUUGCCCCAACCUUGGAGGGAACAUACACUUCCCAUUGGCGUCUUUCUCACAAAGGCCAGCAGUUUGGGCCUCGAGUCUGGUGCAGUAUCAUAGUGGAUCCUUUCCCUUCUGCAGAGAGCCCUGAUAACAUUGAAAGGGGCCUGGUCAGCUCAAGCAAAGCUGAUGAUCUCACCUGCCAGCAAGAGGUUCUUCUGGCUAAAGAAGAAAUUCCACUGGGUAAAGUGACUGAGCAGACAGAAGGAACAGGAACCUGCAUCGUACAGAAGACAAAAAAUGUUUCCAGCGAGAGAGAGCUCUACAUUCCAUCUGUGGACCUUCUGACUGCACAGGACCUGCUGUCUUUUGAGCUGUUGGACAUAAACAUUGUUCAGGAGUUGGAGAGAGUACCUCACAACACACCUGUGGAUAUGACUCCCUGCAUGUCUCCUCUGCCACAUGACAGUCCUUUAAUAGAGAAGCCAGGCUUGGGGCAGAUACAGGAAGAAAGUGAAGGGGCGGGAUUUAAAGCACUUCCUGAUUCCACAGUAUCUGCAAAGAGGAAAGCGGAGAACAUUGCUUCAGUGGAGGAAGCAGAAGAAGACCUGAGUGGGACCCAGUUUGUGUGUGAGACUGUAAUCCGAUCCCUUACCUUGGAUGCUGCCCCAGACCACAACCCACCUUGCAGACAGAAGUCCCUGCAAAGGACAGAAUUACAGCUGCAUACCACAGAGGAACAGCACCCAGUUGUUUUGCCUGGAUUCUGCAGAAAGGAGUCUUCCUUGAAGUUUGCCUUGCCUGAAGAAGGACCACUUGGAGAUGAGAGGGAGGAGAUUGUCAUGGAGGAGGAGGAAGAGGAGGAACUCAAAGAUGAAGUUCAGAGUCAGUCCUCUACUUCCUCAGAGGAUUAUAUCAUCAUCCUACCUGAGUGUUUUGAUACCAGCCGCCCCCUGGGGGACUCCAUGUACAGCUCUGCACUCUCACAGCCAGGCCUGGAGCGGGGGGCUGAAGGCGAGCCUGGGGUUGAGGCUGGACAGGAACCAGCAGAGGCUGAGGAGAGACUUCCUGGAGAGGAGAACCAGCCACAGGAGCACAGCAUCAGUGACAUCCUCACAACCUCACAGACUCUGGAAACAGUGCCCCUAAUCCCAGAGGUAGUGGGCCUCCCACCACCACUGCCCAGGAGCCCUCCUUGUGUACAACAUGGUUCCCCAGGAAUGGCUUUACCAGUUACCAUACCAGAAGUUUCUUCAGUCCCUGACCAGAUCAGAGGAGAGCCCAGAGGCUCAUCAGGACUUGUAAACAGCAGACAGAAGAGCUAUGACCACUCAAGGAACCACCAUGGGAGCAGCAUUGCUGGAGGACUGGUGAAAGGGGCUUUGUCUGUUGCUGCCUCUGCGUACAAGGCCCUAUUUUCUGGGCCACCAGUCACUGCACAGCCAAUAGUUUCUGAAGACCAGACAGCAGCCCUGAUGGCCCAUCUCUUUGAAAUGGGAUUCUGUGACAGGCAGCUGAACCUAAGGCUGUUGAAGAAACACAAUUACAACAUCCUGCAGGUUGUGACAGAACUCCUUCAGGUCAACAACAAUGACUGGUACAGCCACCGCUAUUGAGGAGUGACUUUGUAUUAAAUAACUGCCUGCUGCUCAGAGAUGAUCUUUAUUCUUUCAUUGGGGUGUGGGGUAAAAGCCCUUGCUUGUUUUUUAAUCUGAUGAAUCUGUAUAGAGACCAUCAUUGAAUUGUCAAGACAAUACCCAUUUCAAUAUAUUUUGGAGCAAAUCAAAGUUCAGAACUUAAAUUUUCACUUUAGGAAUUGGAUGAAUAGUAGGAAGCCAGUUUUUCAAUUGAUUGGGAUAAAAUUCCCUUCUCCAUUUCAGUGCAUCGAAGAGUGUAAUUUGAACUUCCUAUAGAGCCUUUUUUUUUCCUGCUUGUACUGAAGUUGAAGAUUUUUGUUUGGUUCAUGUGAAUGUUUUUAAUGGGGAUAUCUGUUGUCAGUUUUUUAAACUGGAAGUUGUUUUCAAGAACUAUUCUUAUAAUUUCUGUAACCAACCCCAAGCCUCAGUAACUAUGUGGCAUUGAAAGGACACAAGCAUGAUAGAAAUAUUGCUACUCUUCCUUUCUCAAGGAGAAAGUUAUUUCCCUGCAAGAAUUAUUAGUAAAUGACACUGUUGCUUUCUGAGGACCACAUUGGUGUGUUUGAGUAUACACCUUUCAGGAAUCUCAUGAAAGGAGGGAAGAGUGUGCUAGUUAAUCCACCAGCACCUAGUGAGCAGUGUCUAUUAUAGUAAUUUUGCAUAUAUUUUUCUUUUAUUUAAGGAGAAAAAAGUAGUGUGAAAUAUUUUGCUAGUCUUAUAGGGAAGGAAACUACCCCCUGUGUUACUUAAAGGGAAAAGUCAGUUUAACAGUUACCUUUUUCUUAAUGUCAGGACAGAUCUUAUUUUACAGUAGAAUAAGGGAAGUGGAAACAGGUGGAAGGCAGGUGCCUGUGUUAAUCUCAGUAAAGUUCAGGAUUGGGCAAGUGGGUGUGGUGGGGCAAAUAGGAUAUGCUGAUGACUUCUUGAAUGUUUGAAAUUCUUUCAAAGGUUAUCUAAAACAGGAAGUAGUGGUUGGUGUUUAGCAAAACCUAGAUGGGGCAAACUCACUGAAAAAGUUGGAUUUAACCCCAGGUUGAGUGGGAAAGAGCUUGCUCCCAGGGACCCAGGUGCUCAUUCUGUUUAUAGAAGGGAGUCAUGGGAACAGUUAGUGAAGGAAGAGGUAACAAAAUGCUAAAGAUUUUUCAUGAAAAUAACUUCCUGAAAAGGAAAAAUCUGAACCCCAACUCUAAGGGGUAAGGAUAGUUAAAAUAGUAUUAUUUAACCUGGUUGGUAUUUAUAAUGAAUGGCAAUUUUAAUUAGUCAUGAUGAUGUUUAUUUACAGUAUAACUCUUGAAUGCUACUUAAUAAACCAGAAUUCAGACUACAA